CUCCGCCGGUGCCGCCAUGUCGCUGCUGCUGCCGCGGGGCCGCGGCGGGGCCGCCCGGGGGCUGCUGCUGCUGCUGCCGCGGGGCCGCGCACCGGUGCCUGGGAGCCAUGUGUGUAACCAGUAUGGAACAUCGGGUUCUUUGCCAGGGGACAAAAAAGAACUUCUGCAAAAUGGACCAGACUUGCAGGACUUUGUCUCUGGAGAUCUGUCAGACAAGAGCACGUGGGCUGAGUAUAAAGGCAAUUUGAAGCGUGAGAAAGGAGAAAGGCUGCGGCUUCCUCCAUGGCUGAAAACAAAGAUUCCCAUGGGAAAAAACUACAAUAAACUAAAGAAUACCUUGAGAAGCUUAAAUCUUCAUACGGUAUGUGAAGAAGCACGUUGUCCCAACAUUGGAGAAUGCUGGGGAGGUGGUGAAUACGCCACAGCCACCGCUACUAUUAUGCUGAUGGGUGACACGUGCACCAGAGGCUGCAGAUUCUGUUCAGUAAAGACAGCAAAAAAUCCACCUCCUCUGGAUCCCCAGGAGCCUUACAACACAGCCAAGGCUAUCGCUGAGUGGGGCUUGGAUUACGUUGUGCUGACAUCUGUGGACAGAGACGAUAUGCCUGACGGGGGAGCGGAACACUUUGCAAAGACAGUCUCGCAUCUGAAAGAAAGGAAUUCCAAAAUCCUAGUGGAAUGUCUAACUCCCGAUUUCCGAGGGGACCUUAAGGCUGUGGAGAAAGUAGCGUUGUCGGGGCUGGAUGUGUAUGCGCACAACGUGGAGACGGUCCCGGAACUGCAGAGGAAGGUCCGUGAUCCCCGAGCCAACUUUGAGCAGUCUGUGCGUGUGCUGAAGCAUGCCAAGGAGGUCCAGCCCGGCAUCAUUUCUAAAACCUCCAUUAUGCUGGGGCUGGGCGAGACAGAUGAACAAGUGUAUUCCACAAUGAAAUUAUUGCGGGAAGCAGAUGUAGAUUGCUUGACCCUAGGACAGUACAUGCAACCAACGAAACGUCACCUGAAGGUUGAAGAAUACAUAACUCCUGAAAAGUUUAAGUACUGGGAAAAAGUAGGAAAUGAUCUUGGAUUCCAUUACACUGCUAGUGGGCCUUUAGUGCGUUCCUCCUAUAAAGCAGGUGAAUUCUUUUUGAAGAACUUAGUAGAAAAAAGGAAGACAAAAGCUAUCUGAAAAUGAGAGUGAAUCUAUUUAAAGCAGCCAGUUUGAAGGAUCCUUUUUUCAGCAUAUAAUUACACUCAGUUCCAGAAAUGCAGAAGACCAGAUGGUGAAUAUAUGAACAAACUCACUAUCUUUCCAGAACACUUUUCUGUCAACAAAACAUUAUUUCUCCUGGCAAGGCUACAACUACUGAGUACUUCUAAUGUUCAGCAAAAAGACAGAAGAUGAUAGAAACGAUUUUAAAAGAGUGAUGGAACUGAGGUGGAAGAAAUAAAUGUAAGGUGGAAAAAAAGAUUGGGCAGAUUUAUAGAUCUAAUACUGCCAUCAGCAUUGCUGCAGUUAAUACCUGUGAGGAUGCUGAUAGAAACUUGAAAGGUACUGAUACUUCACUGUAUCUUACCAUUACAAGCUUGCAGGGGCUCUGGGAACUAUGGGAGUCCUAAAGAAAGAUUUUGUACAUGAUAAUGGACCAGAAUAGGGCUAUCUUGAACUACACCAGAGAAGGAAUGGUAAUACUACUUCAGGAGGUGGUAUUUCUUACCUGUAUCUCGAGAAAAUGAGCUGUACCAUUCUGAUAGCUGAAUCUUUUCUGAUCCUUGCAUGUCUUGACAUGUGAGAGCCGUGGUAAAUACAAGAUAUCAAGCUGAAGAAAACAAAUCCUUUGUGGCAAGACAAUUGUAGAUACCAUAUAAUUUAAACCAUCUGGAAAAUCAGAGUUGGUGUAAGAGCAUAAAUAGUGCCACCCCUGUUUUGAUUACAUGACUGUAACAAACUUCAGUGAGUUGCACAGAUGCUUGUCCAGUAUUGGGUAUGCAGAACUGCUGCUGUUCUGUACUGUGCUCCUAUUCUAUGGCUAUUGUCUUGGCAUUAAAGGAAAGUUGAAAACCUGG